UAGCUGCAUUUAGUAUCGAACGCGAACUACGGUAAGGGUGGAUCUGGACGUGAACUCUCCUGAAUUUUUUGAUGGUCGUGCCUUGUUUAUCAGUUGAAUUUGUGUCAUAAGGGUGUUUUAUUCAAGAGUUUCAGGCCUUCUUUGGCCACGGUCAAAAACAUUUGUUAAUAUUGUCUAAUCGAACUGUGUCGCCGGUUUGAUAAAUUUGUGUUGGGCCCGCUAGGCCACUGCCACACCCCGCAGCCAUUUUGGUGGCUGAAAUUUUACUGUUGCCAGUUCAACAUUUUGUGGAUUUACAAUGGAUCAAAUAACUCCCAAGGAAGUCAAGAUACUUGAAAAUGCGGAGGAUAUUCAAGACCGCAGAAAACAAGUAUUGGGAAGAUAUGCUGACUUCAAAUCUGAGGCACGAUCUAAACGAGACAAACUCGAAGACUCCCGUCGUUUUCAGUAUUUUAAACGAGAUGCGGAUGAACUCGAGGGAUGGAUUUACGAAAAACUCCAGGCAGCUUCAGACGAAAGCUACAAAGAUCCUACAAAUCUACAAGCAAAGAUUCAAAAACAUCAAGCUUUCGAGGCAGAGGUAGCUGCUCAUUCCAAUGCUAUCGUAUUAUUGGAUAACACCGGCUCUGAGAUGAUCGCUCAGCAUCAUUUCUCUUCAGACGUUAUCAGAAAGAGACUCGAGGAGCUUCACCGUCUAUGGGAGCUACUUCUUUUCCGUCUUGCCGACAAGGGUUUGAAGCUUCAGCAAGCUUUGGUUCUGGUGCAGUUCCUUCGUCACUGCGAUGAAGUGAUGUUCUGGAUCCAUGACAAGGAAGCAUUUGUGACCACGGACGAAUUUGGACUUGAUUUAGAACAUGUCGAAGUUCUUCAAAGAAAAUUCGACGAAUUCCAAAAGGACAUGGCGAGUCAGGAGUACCGUGUAACAGAGGUCAACGAAUUGGCUGACAAAUUACUGCUAGACGGACAUCCGGAGAGAGAUACCAUUCUGCGCAGGAAGGAAGAGCUCAACGAGUCUUGGCAGCGAUUGAAACAACUCGCUAUUCUCAGACAAGAAAAACUAUUUGGAGCUCAUGAGAUUCAGAGAUUCAACAGAGAUGCCGAUGAAACUAUGGCAUGGAUAGCGGAGAAGGAUGUUGUUUUAUCGUCGGACGAUUUUGGCCGAGAUUUGGCCAGUGUGCAAACAUUGCAGCGCAAGCACGAGGGCAUCGAACGAGAUUUGGCUGCCCUGGAAGACAAAGUCGCAACUCUGGGAGCCGAAGCAGAUCGCCUAGCUGCUAUUCAUCAGGCAGAUCACUCUCAGCAGAUUCAAUCCAAGCGUGCAGAAAUAUUGCAGCUAUGGGAAAGCUUGACCGCCAAAGCAAAGGAACGUAAAUCAAAACUAGACGAAUCUUACUACUUGCACAGAUUCCUCGCCGAUUACAGAGAUCUCGUUUCGUGGAUGAAUGAUAUGCGCGCUAUCAUAUCUGCAGACGAGUUGGCCAAAGAUGUGGCCGGAGCUGAAGCGCUGCUGGAACGUCACCAGGAGCACAAAGGUGAGAUAGAUGCAAGGGAGGAUAGUUUUGAUUCCACAGCUCUCGCCGGCAAUCAACUUUUGGACAGAAAACAUUACGCUGCUGAGGAAGUAGAAAGGAAACUCGAAUCCCUGGCAGCCGACAAAGCGUCCCUAUUGAAUCUUUGGGAAGAACGUCGUAUUCUUUACGAGCAGUGCAUGGAUUUGCAACUAUUUUACCGCGACACUGAACAAGCUGAUGCUUGGAUGGCCAAACAGGAAGCUUUCCUGGCCAACGAAGAUCUUGGAGAUUCUCUCGACAGCGUAGAAGCUCUGAUUAAAAAGCAUGAAGAUUUCAACAAGUCUCUCGCUGCUCAAGAUGAGAAAAUUAAAGUACUAGAUGAAUUUGCCCGUAAGCUCAUCGAAGGUGAACACUAUGCUGCUGAAGAUGUAUUCCAACGUCGUCAACUGUUGCUCGAGAGACGAGGUGCUCUUCUGGAUAAAUCUGCACAGAGAAGGCGCCGAUUGGCCGAUGCCUACAGGCUACAGCAGUUCGAAAGGGACUGUGACGAGACCAAAGGAUGGGUGAAUGAGAAGCUCAAAUUCGCUACCGAUGACAGUUAUCUAGACCCGACCAACUUGAAUGGAAAGGUUCAAAAACACCAGAACUUCGAGCAAGAAUUGAAUGCCAACAAGACACGAAUGGAAGAGAUGGUGUCCACGGGGCAGAGGCUGAUUGAAGAGGGGCAUUACGCCAGUGAGCGGGUUCGCGCGCGCACCGACGAAAUCGCGUCCCUAUGGGACAGUCUGGUUCACGCAACAGAGAAAAAAGGAGCAAAAUUGCAAGAGGCUGCCCAACAGCAGCAGUUCAAUCGAACCGUAGAGGAUGUUGAACUUUGGUUGUCGGAAGUGGAAGGCCAGCUCAUGUCCGAAGAUUAUGGCAAAGACCUAACAAGCGUACAAAAUCUUCAGAAGAAACACGCUCUUCUCGAAGCCGAUGUCGCGUCUCACACAGAUCGUAUCGAAGGCAUUGCUCAGGCCGCUGAACAAUUUGUGAGCUCUGGACAUUUCGAUGCGGACAAUAUCCAGGCAAAACAGGAUCAGCUCGGAGGUCGGUACGCCGCUCUGCAGAGACCAAUGAGCAUCAGAAAACAGCGACUGCUGGAUUCACUGCAAGUGCAGCAGCUGUUCAGAGAUAUCGAAGAUGAGGAGGCUUGGAUCAGGGAGAAGGAACCUGUUGCGGCAAGCACCAACCGUGGGCGAGAUCUCAUCGGUGUACAAAAUCUGCAGAAGAAGCACCAGGCCGUGUUGGCGGAAAUCAAUAACCAUGAGCCACGAGUAGCUGCGGUUUGUCAGUCGGGAUCUAAAAUGCUGAACGACGGACAUUUCGCAGCGGAAGAAAUAAGUCAGAGAUUGGGGGCGUUGGACGAACAUUGGGGUCAGUUGAAGGAAAAGGCCCGUCAACGUAAAACCGACUUGGACGAUUCGUUGCAAGCCCAUCAGUACUUUGCCGAUGCCAACGAGGCCGAAUCUUGGAUGAAAGAGAAACGUCCGAUCGUUCUGAAUGCGGAUUAUGGCAAGGAUGAAGACAGUUCAGAAGCUCUGCUAAAAAAACAUGAGGCUCUCGUAAGCGAUUUGGAAGCUUUUGCAAGCACUAUUUCUGCUCUGAGAGAACAAGCGGCUGCUUGCAGGCAACAAGAAACUCCGACGGUUGACAUUGCUGGAAAAGAAUGCGUCGUCGCGCUCUAUGAUUAUGCGGAGAAGUCACCCAGAGAAGUUUCAAUGAAAAAGGGCGAUACUCUCACGCUGUUGAACUCCAAUAACAAGGACUGGUGGAAAGUCGAAGUAAACGACAGGCAGGGUUUUGUCCCUGCCGCUUAUGUGAAACGUGUCGAGCCUGAGGCUGGUCUUAGUGCCUCUCAACAAAACCUUGCCAGAGAGCAAAGUUCCAUCGCAGCUAGGCAAGCUCAGAUUCAAGCUCAAUACGACGAUCUGUUGUAUCUCGCUCAUGAACGACAGAAUAAAUUGAACGAAACCGCAAAGGCGUACGUUUUGGUGAGAGAAGCAGCUGAACUAGCUACUUGGAUCAAGGCCAAGGAAAAUCACGCCCAGGUUCAAGACGUCGGCGAAGAUUUAGAACAGGUCGAAGUUAUGCAAAAGAAGUUCGACGAUUUUCAGGCCGAUCUUAAGGCCAACGAGGUUCGAUUAGCCGAGAUGAAUGAAAUUGCUGUGCAGUUGAUGAGUCUAGGGCAGACCGAAGCCGCUUUGAAAAUCCAGACCCAGAUUCAGGACUUGAAUGAAAAGUGGACCAGCCUGCAAACCCUGACCGCGGAGAGGGCCAGUCAACUGGGUUCCGCGCACGAGGUACAACGUUUCCACCGCGACGUUGACGAAACGAAAGAUUGGAUUCGCGAGAAAGACGCCGCUCUGAACAACGAUGACCUGGGGAAGGAUCUUCGCAGUGUCCAAGCUCUCCAGCGAAAACACGAGGGGCUUGAGCGCGACCUGGCCGCACUCGGUGACAAAAUAAGACAGCUGGACGAAAUAGCCCACCGUUUGAUGCAAUCCCAUCCCGACACCGCCGAACAGACUUACGCCAAGCAGAAGGAAAUCAACGAAGAAUGGACCCAGUUAACUGCUAAGGCGAACAGCAGGAAAGAAAAACUCUUGGAUUCGUACGACUUGCAGCGAUAUUUGAGCGACUACAGAGACUUGAUGGCUUGGAUAAAUUCGAUGAUGGGACUGGUGGCUUCUGAAGAACUCGCCUCCGAUGUCACCGGAGCUGAAGCAUUGCUGGAACGCCACCAGAGCCACAGGGCAGAGAUAGAUGCGCGAUACGGCAUCCUUCCAGAGGAACACCGUACCGAGAUUGACGCUCGGGCUGGUACUUUCCAAGCCUUCGAGCUCUUCGGUCAGCAGCUCCUGCAGUCGAGCCAUUAUGCAAGUGUAGAAAUUCAAGAGAAACUGGAAGCUAUGGCAGAAGCACGUCAAGAACUUGAGAAGGCUUGGAUUCAGCGUCGCAUGCAACUCGACCAGAACCUUGAGCUCCAACUUUUCUGCCGAGAUUGCGAACAAGCGGAAAACUGGAUGAGCGCCAGAGAGGCUUUCUUGGGUAGCGCCGAUGCAGUGGACAGCGGUGACAAUGUGGAGGCUCUCAUCAAGAAACAUGAAGAUUUUGAUAAGGCCAUUAAUGCCCACGAGGAAAAGAUUGCAGCCUUGCAAACUUUGGCUGAUCAAUUGAUAGCCGCUGAACAUUACGCCGCUAAGCCAAUUGACGAAAGACGCCGUCAGGUAUUGGAUCGCUGGAAGCAUUUGAAAGAUGCUUUGAUCGAAAAAAGAUCUAAGUUAGGAGAAUCUCAGACAUUGCAACAGUUCUCAAGAGAUGCCGAUGAGAUGGAAAAUUGGAUUGCUGAAAAACUUCAACUGGCAACGGAAGAGAAUUACAAAGAUCCUGCCAAUAUUCAGUCCAAACACCAAAAGCACCAAGCUUUUGAGGCAGAACUUGCAGCCAACGCUGAUAGAAUUCAGUCUGUAUUGGCUAUGGGAAAUAAUUUGAUCGGCAAACAUCAAUGUGCCGGGUCAGAAGAUGCCGUCCAGGCUAGGCUUGCUUCCAUCGCUGACCAGUGGGAAUACCUUACGCAAAAAACUACCGAGAAAUCUCUCAAAUUGAAAGAAGCAAACAAACAGAGGACCUACAUCGCCGCCGUCAAGGAUCUGGACUUCUGGCUUGGAGAAGUUGAGAGUCUGCUGACUUCGGAGGAUGCCGGUAAAGAUCUGGCAUCUGUCCAAAAUCUUAUGAAGAAACAUCAGCUUGUUGAAGCUGACAUCCAAGCUCAUGAGGAAAGAAUCAAGGACAUGAACGGCCAGGCCGAUUCGUUGAUCGAGAGUGGACAGUUCGAUGCUGCAGGAAUCCAGGAAAAACGUCAGAGCAUCAAUGAACGUUACGAGCGCAUUAGGAACUUGGCAGCUCACCGACAAGCUAGACUCAAUGAAGCCAACACUUUGCACCAAUUCUUCAGAGAUAUCGCUGACGAAGAAUCAUGGAUCAAGGAGAAGAAAUUGCUUGUUGGUUCCGAUGAUUACGGACGUGAUUUGACCGGUGUACAAAAUCUGAAAAAGAAGCACAAGCGUUUGGAGGCCGAGCUUGCAAGUCACGAGCCAGCUAUUCAGGCCGUCCAAGAAGCUGGAGAAAAAUUGAUGGACGUUUCCAACUUGGGUGUUCCUGAGAUAGAGCAACGCCUGAAACUUCUCAACCAGGCUUGGGCUGAAUUGAAGCAAUUAGCUGCUACCAGAGGACAAAAGCUCGACGAGUCGUUGACUUACCAACAAUUCUUGGCCAAGGUUGAGGAAGAGGAAGCUUGGAUAACGGAAAAACAACAACUUCUCUCCGUAGAAGAUUAUGGAGACACCAUGGCUGCCGUACAAGGGUUACUGAAAAAACACGAUGCAUUUGAAACUGACUUCGCGGCUCAUGGCGACCGUUGCAAAGAUAUUUGCGACGCAGGUGCUGCUCUGGUUGAAGCUGGGAAUCACCGAGCUGAUGCUAUUAGCCAACGUUGUGCUCAGCUCCGCACUAAAUUGGAUCAGCUAUCGUCACUCGCGGCCAGAAGGAAGGCGCGACUGAAUGACAAUUCCGCAUACUUGCAGUUCAUGUGGAAGGCUGAUGUCGUGGAAUCGUGGAUCGCUGACAAAGAAACCCACGUACGCUCCGAAGAGUUUGGACGGGAUUUAUCUACCGUACAGACGCUUUUGACCAAGCAAGAAACAUUUGACGCAGGCUUGCACGCUUUCGAGCACGAAGGAAUCCAAAAUAUCGCAUCUCUCAAGGACCGACUGGUGGAUUCUGGUCAUGAGCAGACACCCAGCAUCCAAAAACGUCACGCGGACGUUAUCGCUCGUUGGCAAAAACUUCUAGCCGACUCAGAUGCCAGGAAGCAGCGCCUCCUACGCAUGCAGGAUCAGUUCCGUCAAAUCGAAGAACUCUACUUGACAUUCGCCAAGAAGGCUUCAGCCUUUAAUUCUUGGUUUGAAAAUGCUGAGGAAGAUCUAACCGAUCCAGUUCGCUGCAACAGCAUUGAAGAAAUCCGCGCCCUCCGCGAGGCACACGCCCAGUUCCAAGCUAGCUUAUCCUCAGCCGAAGCAGAUUUCCAGGCUUUGGCUGCCCUCGACAGACAAAUCAAGAGCUUUAAUGUCGGCCCCAAUCCCUACACAUGGUUUACAAUGGAAGCUCUUGAAGACACUUGGCGUAAUCUCCAGAAGAUCAUUAAAGAGCGAGAUGUUGAACUCGCCAAGGAGGCUCAACGGCAAGAAGAAAACGAUAAACUCAGAAAGGAGUUUGCAAAACACGCCAACGCUUUCCACCAGUGGUUGGCGGAGACCAGAACAUCAAUGAUGGAAGGAUCUGGAUCACUGGAGCAACAAUUAGAAGCGACAAAGCGUAAGGCUCUGGAAGUAAGAGCACGAAGGCAGGACUUGAAGAAAAUAGAAGACUUGGGUGCGAUAUUGGAAGAACAUUUAAUUCUGGAUAAUAGAUACACCGAGCACAGCACCGUGGGCCUGGCACAGCAAUGGGAUCAGUUAGACCAGCUUGGAAUGCGUAUGCAACACAAUUUGGAACAACAAAUUCAAGCUCGUAACCAAUCUGGUGUAUCGGAAGAUGCGCUCAAGGAAUUCUCGAUGAUGUUCAAACACUUUGACAAAGAUAAGAGCGGUCGUCUCAACCAACAAGAGUUCAAGUCUUGCCUCAGAGCUCUCGGCUACGAUCUUCCCAUGGUCGAAGAGGGUCAACCGGAUCCUGAAUUCGAAAAUAUUCUCGAUGUCGUCGACCCGAACAGAGAUGGUUAUGUGUCCUUGCAAGAGUACAUGGCGUUUAUGAUAAGUAAGGAAACAGAAAAUGUCCAAAGUUCCGAGGAGAUAGAAAACGCCUUCCGAGCUAUAACCGCAGCUGAUCGACCAUACGUCACGAAGGAGGAACUUUAUGCGAACCUCACCAAAGAAAUGGCCGACUAUUGCGUGGCUCGUAUGAAACCUUACGUCGACCCUAAAACGGAACGGCCAAUUACCGGAGCUCUUGAUUACAUUGAGUUCACGCGCACUCUGUUCCAGAAUUAAUCAUAGACAUGUAACCUGUAUGCAUUAUUUUAGACAGCUUAAUAAGAUUAUAAUAUAAACUUCGCUAUGAGCUAUCCGUAUGCUUCUGCGCCACGAUCAUUCUGAAUGAAACUUAUAAAAAACAAGCAUUUUACAGGCUUCACACGCCACAACGGUAAUUGGUUAUUUCCUGCUUCGAUUAAAUUCAUAAAAAAAAAAAAAAAUUAAUAAAUGAUAUAAAAAUUAAUCACUUGUAUGACUUGUGCCGCUAUCUUUAUAGUCACAGUAAUUAAGAAGUGUUUGUUCAUCUGCAUUAGUGCCAAUAAAUGAUAUAAAUACGUCGUGUGUUCUAUGAUAAAACAAUAAUACGAUUUGUAAGUUGCUUUAUACGGUAUUCAGAAAUGUAAACGCGUAGAUGCAUGGGAUUAUUUAAAGCCGCAGUAGCCAAUAUUUAUUUAAUGGUAAAAGAAUUUUUUAAAUUACGUUGCACCUGGUUAAUAAAGUCCUUGACGCAA